AUGGAAAGACUUAAAUCUCUUAAGAGUAUCCAUCAAAUUCCCAUUAUUGCCAUCCUAGAGCCUUUUUCUGAUAGCAUUCAGAUUCAGUACUUCAGAAAUCAACUCAACAUGGACCAUGCUAUUAGUAAUCCAAAUGGUAAGAUUUGGCUUUUUUGGACCAAGGAUGUAGACUGCAGGAUAUUGGAAAAUGAGGAGCAGUUGAUUACUUGUGAAUUUAAUCAUGUAAUGAAUCCAAAUCAGUUCAUAGUUACCUUUGUAUAUGCAAAAUGCAAAGAUCAUCUCAGAAGACCUCUGUGGGAUAGCAUGCUACAACAGUUAGCCACCUCCCUUCUAUGGUGCACAUUAGGUGAUUUCAAUGUUAUCACAGACCCUCAAGAAAAGUUGGGAGGUGUCACUUACAAUAUGAAAAAGAGCCUUGAGUUCAUCAGCAUCAUAGAAGCCUGUGGACUACAAGAUCUUGGGUUUUGUGGUCAGAGAUACACUUGGUCUAAUCAAAGGGAUCACUGCCCCUUACUGCUAGAGAUGACUGAUCAAAACCACCAACACACCAAAUAUUUCAAAUUCCUUAACUGCUGGACAGAACAGCCAUCUUUCUUGGAUACUGUUAGUAAUUGUUGGAACAGGACCAUGGAGGGUAAUACAAUGUGGUGUUUCCAUCAGAAAAUGAAGAGGUUGGCAGCCACUCUUAGUACUUGGUCCAGAUUGCAAUUUGGUGAUAUAUAUGCCAAAGUUAAAGAAUAUGAAGACAAGACUAGACAUGCAGAGGAAGAGCUGAUCUCUAGUAAUUCUGAAGAGAAUAGAACAAAGCUCCAUGCCAUCAAUGCAGAGUAUAUAAAAUACCUGAAACUGGAGGAAUCCAUGCUAAAGCAAAAAACUCAGUUGCAUUGGUUCAAAGAGGGUGAUGUGAAUUCCAAGUAUUUUCAUGCCUUGAUAAGAGGAAGGAGGAGGAAAUUAUACAUCCAUAAGAUCCAGAAUGAGGAUGAUAAUUGGGUACAAGGUGAAGAAAACAUAGCCAAAGCUGCAUGUGAUCACUUCCAAGCUAUUUUCACUGGUGAGGAAACACAAAUUCAGGAGCAUACCCUCUAA